UCAAAGCGAUAAACUUCGGUUUUUUUCCAGCAGUCCGUAGUUAGUUUAUACUAGCUAGCUACAGCAAGAAGCGUUCAAACUUCCGGAAGGUUGGCUACAGCAUCCUUAAUUUAGGGGGUCUUUUUGGACAUUUCUUGCUUGCAAAGAAGAGGAACUGUGGAAGCGAUGGCAGAUUGGAGGUCACCAGUGAGCUACAAUCCAUCCUACCAUGCUUUUUCCUAUGGUAUCAUGUACCAAACAGGGCCUGAGCAAAAUCAUCCCAACAUCUCAGGCUGGGCAGAGGCCGUUCACAACUCUGGGGUCAGCGGCGGAUACCACCAGCAAGCGCCGCAUGAAUCCCCACCCAGGAAUCCCGAACACAACAUUAGUCAUGGCAAUUCCCACCACCCAGGUCCUGUAAUGUAUCUCGGCGACCCUCGGAGCCAUACUCCGAUUGGAGGCCUUUUCAUUCCCCACAACCGGACUCCGUUUGAUCAACCUCCGAAGGAGAUCGAGCAGCCAGAUUCUUGGACUUCGGAGAAAAUCUAUCCUCAAACCAACCCUGCCACCUGGGUGAAAAGGGAGUUGGAAGAGGAGAUGGAAAGUGGAAGGCCAAAUGGUAGUGAGCUUGUCUCCAGCUCCUAUCCAGAGAACACAAGCGUACAAAUUCUGGGGAGUGAGGACAACGCCCCACCGUCUUUGCCCUUGCCUCUCCCGGAGAAAGCGAACAAGGACACCCCCAAACAAAAAGCUCGGACUGCUUUUUCAACAGGCCAGAUGGAUGCCCUGACCCAUUGGUUUAACAUGCAGAGGUACCUAUCCCCUGCUGAGAUGAAGGCCCUGGCUGGACUGACAGGGCUAACUUACAAACAGGUAAAAACUUGGUUCCAGAAUCGCAGGAUGAAACUGAAAAGGCACCAGAAAGACAACGGUUGGGAAUCUGCUGGGUAUCCAAACCCUGGCUACCCUAAAAUGCCACCACGCCCUCAGUUUCAGGGAGAAGCCCAAACACAGAUUCUGGAUCAUCACUCCAACACUCAACAGUUCCAAGAGGCCAUGUUCAUUGAGAGCCGCCAGCAGAACCUGCCUUACUACACCGGUGGAUACCCUCAGCCAUCCUCCUCUCCCUCCCAGGCCACUGCGAGGCCCCUGGGCAACUGGCCCCUGCCACCAGCCAUGCCCCACUAAUGGCUUCUACAGCACAGCAAGGGGCUACAACAUGGACAGUGUAAAACACGACUGCAGCAUCACGACGACAGGAGCCCUACUCAUACCAACAGCUCCAUACGACCCUGUUUUCACAAUGCUAGCCAAUAAUACACAGGGGAAUGUCUCAGUGGUAAAUCGAUUGUUUUCCCAAAUGUGUGGUUGUUUGGAAGGAUUCUUAUAAUUAAGGUUGAGAUUCAGACACAGGUUAUUCUCAAAUAAUGCGGUGUUGGCUAAUUAUAUCAAUCCAUCUUAAAAAUGUGCAGGUCUGUUUGGACUUUUAUCCCUUAUUCAUAUGUUUUAUCCCAAU